AUGCGCAGGAGCUCAAACUCCCCGCACAGCGUGCCGAGUUGCGCCGCGCGCACGCGAUCCGCGCCCACGAACCUGGCCUUCAAGCUCGCCCACACCUCUGCAGCCGUCUUCUUUGACGCCACCUGCAGCAACAAGUUCUCCGCGAGCGCGCCCAGCAGGUAUGCCCGCGCGGGCUUGUCCUUCUUCGCGAUCACCGCCGCCGCGGUGUCCUCCGGCACGACCACCGCUUCCCACAGCCCGGCCGCGUCGAGAACAGAUGACCGGGACUACUACCUACCAGAUCCUGUGCUUACACAAUCGCAUCAGGUCCAGUUCAAACAAAAAUCUCAGCAACCAAUGGAGCGACCGAGUCCCAGUGAACAUCGUAUUGAUGAGGCCACCUAUACUGCACUUGUUCCUCAACAUUCACGGUCAUUGGAUGACCUUCCUACGGAAGUAGCCUGUACACUAUCACAGGGAUCUAAUGUAACUAGCAUGGACUUUCAUCCUUCUCGUCAUACACUACUACCAAUACUAGUUGGAUCUGCUAAUGAUGAAUUUACACUUUGGGAGAUCGGUAUGCAUGAGAGGCUGGUCUCAAAGCCCUUCAAAAUAUGGGACCUGCAAGCAUGUUCAACACAAUUUCAGAGUGUCGUGGCUAAAGACUCUUCCAUGGCUGUUAAUCGAGUUGCAUGGAGCCCUGAUGGACACUUGAUUGGAGUUGCAUUCACAAAACAUUUGAUCCAUCUGAAUGCAUACCAGCAUCCAAACGAAACACGUCAAGUUGUGGAGAUUGAGGCUCAUUCUGGAGGGGUUAAUGACAUAGCUUUCUCCCUGCCAAAUAAGCAACUUUGUGCUGUCACUUGUGGAGAUGACAAGCUGAUAAGGGUCUGGGAUAUGCAUGGACAGAAGAUAUAUUCGUUUGAAGGGCAUGAGGCACCUGUGUAUUCUGUUUGCCAUCAUGACAUAGGUCCUAUUCAGUUCAUUUUCUCAACUUCCGUUGACGGGAAAAUCAAAGCAUGGCUUUAUGACGAUUUGGGAUCUAGGGUGGACUAUGAUGCUCCAGGAAACUGGUGUACUGCAAUGCUCUACAGUGCCGAUGGAACUAGGUUGUUCUCAUGCGGAACAAGCAAACAGGGAGAAACGCAUUUGGUUAAGUGGAACCAAAGUGAAGGAUCUAUCGAGAGGUCAUAUUCUGGAUUCCGUAAAAAUCCAUCUGGUGUAGUGCAGGGUGUCGUGCAGUUUGAUACAGCUCAGAAUCAAAUUUUAGCUGCUGGCGAAGAUAACCAAAUUAAGUUUUGGGAUGUUGAUAACAUCAACAUGCUUACCUGCAUUGAAGCUGACGGAGGCUUGCCAGGCCUUCCGCGGUUAAGGUUCAAUAAAGAAGGCAAUCUUCUUGCUGUUACUACAAUAGACAGUGGCUUUAAGGUACUUGCAAACGCUGAUGGACUCAGAUCUUUACUGGCUUUUCGAAGUAUUUCGUGUAGCUACAAUGCCAGAAACUCCAGACCAAGCCAACAAGGUUCGCUCCAUCUUUCCGGAGGAGUCAGCCAACAAUGAUUCUUGUGUGAUGGCUGCAUGUAGUGGAAACGUAUCCAAGGUGCUCAACGACGAUGACCUCCUCAGGGAGAUCAUUGUCCGCAUUAGCUUCUCCAACACCCUCGUCCGUGCCGCCCUCGUCUGCAAGCGAUGGUACCAGCACGUCUCUGAACCCGCCUUCCUCUGCUGUUUUCGCAAGCUAGCGCCACCCGUCCCACCUCCUUGGCUUCUACCUCGAGGACAGGGAGCAUCAUAAUGUGGCUUCCAUUCGCUUCUUCCCAAUGCUACCACAGCCCUCAGAGCUUGCCUCCGUCAUCCGCCGUGUGGCGAGCUACAGUUUGGACUCCUACCAUGGUGCGCCGGCCAACUUGCUCUGCACCCAGAGCGGCAGAGUCCUCAUCAGCUUGUAUAACCAGAACUAGGUCAACGGUAACAAAUUUA